CAUGCUCAUGCACUGGAGUUACUGAGUAAUCAUUUAAAGAAAGGAAAUAGGGCCUUGGAUGUUGGCUCUGGAAGUGGAUACUUAACAGCAUGUAUGGGCCAUAUGGUUGGAGAAACAGGCAUAGCAGUAGGCAUUGACCAUAUAAGUGAACUUAUCAAGUUUUCCCAAGAAAACAUUGAAAAAGAUAGUCCUGAACUUUUAACAUCAAACACAGUAAAGUUAGUAGUGGGAGAUGGCCGUUUGGGUCACCCAGAGGAGCAGCCAUACAAUGCCAUUCAUGUGGGAGCUGCUGCUCCUACAUUACCGCAGGCUUUAGUGGAUCAACUUGCUCCUGGUGGAAGGCUCAUCAUUCCCAUUGGUCCUGAAGGAGCUAACCAGAACCUUGAACAGAUUGACAAACUUGAAGAUGGAAGCAUUAAGCGGCAAGUCCUGAUGGGUGUUAUCUAUGUUCCCUUAACUGAUAAGGAUUAUCAGUGGCCAGGCAGGUGGAGAAACUAACCCUCGAGGACCAUAGGUGUGGCAGCAGUGUACACCACACACAUUUCUUCCCCUACAGACGUGAGCUGUGAGUCACGUCAGCUGAAUCAUAAUUCCUCGCAGGUGCUGCUCCCUCCUUUAGUUUCACCAUCUUUGCCUGCACCUCCACCCAUCACCACCAAGUCUCCGCCCGCUUCCCAGACCUUAAAUGCUGCUGCUCCCAAGCGUUACCUGGUGGUCGUCAAUUUGUGGUUAAUAUUCAGAAUCAAGAGCAACCAGUUUUGUGGAAGAUGAAUAACACUGCUUUAAUUUCAAAGAAGGAAAUAACAGUUUAAAAUGCCAUAGCCAAAUCUUAUGCAAAUUACUGAAAUGUAGAACUUCGUGUUGAAUUAGAUGAGCUACAGCUUUGAACUUCAUAAGCAGUUGAAAGGUAGUGCAGCAAAAAUACAGUACAUAUUAGAAUGUUGAUAUUUACAAAUGAUUCCUUAGGCUUCUCUCUUUUGGUUGUUUUUCCAUUGGAUAUCUCUCAUUUUCAGAUAUACUCCAUCAUUAUCCUUCUUUAGUAGGUCAUAGCACACCUGCUUUUAAAUAAAUUGAAAAAUGCAGAUUAAUUGGAAUUGUUUACUAGCUUUCAUUGAAUUGCCCACUAACACACCUGCUUGGACAAAAUAGUUUCAGAUGGUUCAGAAGACUUGGAGGAAAGGUCAUAUAUGAGAGAGAUUUGAAUCUGUGUUUGGGUUAUACCAAAUAGACAGGAAACAUUUGAUUAAUGGCCAUAUUUUUGUAUUUUUAUUAAUUCAUUAAUUAGGGGUGCCAGUAUAAGAUUAUUUUAUUACCUGAAGGAUGUUUGUAUAGGAAGCUUAGCAUAACUUUUUCAAAGUGUUGUAAUUUUUGGGAUAGUUAAUAAUGGGAUAGCCCUUAUGAUGUACUUCAUUAUUGAUUUUUGAUAGCAUUAUUUCCAUUGAAACUGUUAGUUUCCUUUGUCUACCUUACAACCUUAAUUAUAUGAGAGUAGCCAUUACUUUCAAGAAUUAGAGAAAGUUUAUAUUUAUAUGCUGUCAUUCAAAUGAAAAUUUCAGUGAUAUAUGACAAAAAUAUAGAUAAUGAAGUGCAGUGUUGUUGAUACUGUAUGUUCUUGUACUUUAAGUGAAGAUUAUCAAGUUACAUUUGAUAAAAGUUUUUUAUCAUAUAUUUUAUUAUUCUUUAAAAUAUGAACAGUUUAAAUUCCUGAAAUAUGAGCGUUAAUCAUGAAUUCAUUGUGCUGUGAGUUUGUUCUUGUGACAUAGGCAUUUUAUCAUGAAGAGAAUUAGGCACAAGACUGUGCAGACGUGGAGUUAAAAGUAUAUUAUAUAAUAUUGUACAAAUAUGUAUAUGAAUUGGUAUGGUAAGUACAUUUUGUAUGGCUUUACUGCCCAGAAAGUAAUGGUAAAUAGUUGAGUGCUGAUUUAAGAGCCCAGCACUCAUAAGUGACUAGUAUUUUGUGAUUGUAGUACUACUGAUCUUCAAAUUGAAAAUGAAUUAAAACAGAAAUUAUUUUGACAAUCAUAGUAAUACUGUAUGUGUAAUUAGAGUAAUAGUAUUGGCUAGCAUUUGAAAAAACAUUCCAAGUCUUUGGGUUUAUUCUGCAGUACAGUGUGUUUCAUCUCUCAUGCUUGAGCAAACUAAUAUUGUGGAGAAAUGAAUGAAUGUUGUCAUAUGGGCCAUGUGGCCUAGUGCUGGUAUCAAGGAGGCCAUUCAGUGCUUGUGGGGAAUUGUACAAAUGACUGCACCCAUUAAUAGCAUAUUUAAUCCCCAAAGUGACAUUUGCUUUUAUCACCAGUAGAUGUAAUAUUUGUUGCCACACAAUUAUAUCCUCAUCACUCAACAUGCUCUCUUACCAAAAUCUUUAUUGUCUGUGCAUUUUUACCUUCAAUGUUCAGCUGUUAUCUUCAGUCAGUGAGUACAUGCCUUAUUAAGCCACUUUCAAUGUGUAAUUUUGGUGGAACCUAUUUGACACAAGCAUUUGAGCAUAAAGUUGAACAGUACUAAUGGUAAUCUCAUAUUUCAAAAAAGUUGUUCCAAGUUCUGUAAGAUCUUCAGGUGAUUUCAGAAUACAACUGCAAAUGAUGUCUAAGGCUACAGUACAUAUUUCCCUGGUUUCUGAAAUUUGAGAAGUUUUACAGUAAUUGUAGCAAGUUGAUACUGAAUGUAAUUUUUGAAAUGAUGAAACAAUAGCUCACAUUUACUAAAUGCUAAAAUGUACAGUAAAUGGUAAGGGCAGUACAUGUCAAAUCCUUUACAGUUUUUGUAGAAAUUCUUAAAGAUUAGACGGAAGAUAUACUUAUUUAAGCUUGCAAUUGUUCAGUUAAAAAAAAGAAAGAAAAAGAAAUGUUCAGUGUGUAUUCCUCAGCAUGGGUCUUCUAGAAUUACUGCUUCAGUUGGUUUGUAAUCCAUAUGUUAUCCAUUGCUUAAUUUUUAGCCUUGUAAUUUCUUGGCAUACAUCUUGAAAAUGAUUUAAUUUUGAUGUUAAUGGAUCAAGUUUCCCUUGUGAUGUUAGUAAACUACAGUGGUUGUAUUAGUAUUUUUUCUUUUUCUUUUUUGUAAAUCAUUGCAAGAUGUAUUUUGUAUUUUUAUGUAUUAUUAAAAAAAGUGGAGAUAUUAAUGAUUCUCUGGUUUAGGAAUGGUAUUUAAAACGAAUUUUGUUUUAAGUAUAUAUUAUCUUAUGAUAGAUUUAUACACCUAUAGGCUGUUCCUAUUAGGGUAAAAUGUUAACAGAAAUUUGUUGAAACAGUUUAUCAUUGAAACAAUUAUGCUUAUUGUAUAGACAGAACUCAAAACACUACAGAAUUUUUUGUUUAAGGAAAUUCCCUUUAUGCACUUCAAUUAUACUAGCUAUAUUUAUGUGAGGCUGCAAUCAUGUUUGCUCAAGCUUGGUGUGUGAACCAUGUUACAGUUACUGUUUGUAGAAAGUGUCAUUUUCUUUGCUUUUACAUUGGAUUUACUUUCUGGUUCUUCCAGUUCUCAAAAUGUAUUAGGAUGAAUGCAUGCUAUACUCUUGUACUGUACUUGCACAGCUCUAUAGCCUGAGGUAAUCUGUAUUUUGAUACAUCUCCAAACUAGUAUAAUAAUGUGUUUCUCUUUAAAUUAGGCUUGUUAACUCAAUUGUUUUAUUGCAGAUUCUAAAUGCUUAUUUAUACUACUACAAUAUCAUUUGUACAUUUGACAGUUAGGAGUCAGAUUUGUUGGAUUGUUUAAAUGUAAUACUUGCUGCAACAUGUGAUCUUUGGAAAAUAAAAAUAUCACACUUC